GAGUCCCUCCUUGUGUGUUACAUGGGGUUAUUCUGUGACAGUCUGCAAGAGUCUGCCAGUGGGUAAGGAGGGGGUAAAGUACCUCAGCCUUCUCUGCACAGUUUAUUAAUAACAUAAAGAGUCGGCUUGUGCAGAUGCCAUGUCCAAUACAGACAAGGAAGGAGGAAACUCCCAGGCAGAAAGACCUGUCCCAGAGCCUUCUUUACCUCAUCCUGAUGAUGUCCAAGAUGAUCCUGGACCAAUGUCCUUCGAGGAUGUGGGGGUAAGGUUCCAGUUCUGCAUUGCUGCAGUGGAACAGCUGGAGCGAGAACGCGAUGAACUUAUUCGAGAACUGACACUGCUUCGAGAACCUUCUUUUGAAGCAGUUAGGAGGGCACAUGAAGAGGUACUGCAGGCAUAUGGGCAGAAGGCUCGGACAGAGCUAGAAAGGGACGGUCUGCAGGAGGAAGUUCGUACUGUAAGAUGCAAGCUCUUUAAUGUGACCAGAGAAUAUGUGGCAUGCCAAUUUCAGCUGGAGAAUCAGCGUGAAGAGCUAAAAGACAAAGAAGUACAGCGUGGAGGCCUUGAGACUCUUGCUUCCCGUUUGGCAGAGGAGCUCACCCAGCUCAGGACUGCUUUUGUGGAGCAAAAAGAAGGAGCUCAACAGCAACUAAGGAGUGGGCCCACCAGGCAUACAUCACAGGCACUUCAGGAUAGGCGGCGCCUCUCUGCAGAGCUACAAAGUCUCACAGAGGAGCAACACAGUUCUCUAGAGGAGCAGUAUGAACCCAGAUUACUUCGGCUUCUGGAGCAUAGCGAAAGAGGGGUAGCAGCACUUAGGGAAGCACAGGAGGAGCUGCAGAAGCUGCGUGAUGAACUCAGACCACUACAAGGGGAGGCAAGUAAGAUGAGAGUGCAGAGGAAUAGCCUUCAGGAACAGAUUGUUCUCCUGAAGAGGAAAAGGGAAGAGGAAGUUCAUCUUUAUCGGGAGCAGAUACAGGAAUUGGAAGAUAGUAGGAGAGAAACCAAGAUAACUGUGCAAUUGCAGCAGCAACAAAACAAGGAAUUGGAAGAUUUACGGAGGAGUUUGGCCCAUGAGCUAGCAAUAUACAAGGGAUGCCUUGAAAUAUAUGGACAACUUUUCAAGUCAGUGACAAAAAAGGAAUGAGAAGAAACCAUAUUUUUACUAUGACUCCACUCAGUAUAGUGCCUAUACUGAAUGCAAGCCCUGCAGUUAUAGAUGGACAUCACUUAGAAAGUCACAACUUCCCUGUUUCCACAUAGAGGAGAAGGAGAUAAAAGAGGAAAAAAAAAACUCACUGCUGCCCUCCUAACAAAGUGCAAUCUGGUCGUUGUCCCGGGGGUAUAUAAAAAAGGACACUAACUCAUUGCUGAUUUGAAUUAUUGUUUAAAAAUCAGGUUUUCGCACCUGUAUUUCUGCAUACUGUUUCCAACAAAACUUACACAAGAGUGCACCUACAAAAUAAUGGCAGAGGAGCUCCUGCCACUCAAGACAGCAGCUCCCCACUUUACCAUUGGGUAACAAAAAGGCUCUCCAUUAACCAUUAAAGCCAGAUUUCAGUUUCUUAAAUCAGAAAUUCUACUGCAGAGAGCACAAUAGCUUUCUGCACUAGCGUUGCAAGCCCUCCUCAUUUCUGGUAAGCAAGGGUGGCAGACUUGGUUCUAAAUAAGGGAAGGUCAUAUUUUAUUUGACUAAGCUGAUAAGAGCAAGGAAUUUUGCCAGGUUUAAAAAAUAAAAAUUCUGCACAUGAUGCACCUCUACUCUUAAAACACCAGUGGUAGUGAAUCCUGUGGUGAUAUUAAAAUCAAGCUGUUAUUUAGGACCACACUAGCAUAGGCUGUUUAUCUUUUCUGAAAGCCACGUGUUUUGACAAACUAUGUUUAGACAAAUAUUAAUAUCAAAGGAAAAAGACCAAAAAACAAAACAAACAUUUUUAUUACAUGUGAGGUGCUGUGCGAAUUGACAAUCUGAGCCCUUACAAGGGGCACGCCUCUUUCUCCCCUAUAAAAAUGUCAAGCACAAGUAUCAAGACACAUAGAUAGGAGAGGAUAUAUUUAUAAUAUAGUCAAAAUAGGGAUUCAUCAAAGUUUCAGGGUGCAGUCCGCUAUUGACUCCUCCAUCUAAUGUUAGUCUGUACACAAAACAGAAGUUGCAUAUUAACAUUUGAGUGAAAUUGGCCUUAAAACACUCAAUAUUUUUGCUUAAUGGGAAAUUCUUUGACCUCAUAUGAAAACAAAUGUUUUGAUUCAGUUGGCUGCAUCUAAAUAUCAGGAAAAAAAAAAAACUUCUGAAGAUCACCGUUUGGUACAGGGCAGCCCCAAUUCAAACAAUAAAAGGCUAGUUAAAAGAAUGACAAGAAAUGCUAAUUGUCAGUCCUUAGGAAGGGCUUGGAUAUAGGAUUGGGAGGAAUGUUUAAACGCAACAGUGUUGGUCCUGAAUAGUUCUUUAUAUCAG